UCUCUCUCUCUCUCUCUCUCCCAAAUUUUCCUGGUUCCAAAUUCUCGAUCUGACGCCUCUCUCUCUCUCUCUCUCUCUCUCUCUCUGUCUUCGGCACAAAAAAACAAGAUCAUCAACAACCGGAUCAAGAUCUGUGAUUCUAUACGAACAUUCAAUAAUCUUAUCGUACAAACUCUCAGAUCUAGGGCAAAAAAUUAUACAAAACCCUAAUUUAAAUUUCUGACCUUUUUGUCAAUUUGUUGAAGAAGAUCUGAAUAUAUGAAUGUUGUGUGUUUAUAUAUAUAAGUGAUUUUGUAUAACAUAUGCUCGUGGUGGUACCUGAUUUGGAUCGAUUUGUAGAAUUUAACAAUCGAGAACAAACCCUAGUAGGUAGAAUGGGAAGAGAAGAAUGUCAAACAGUUGAAGAUGUGGAGGAAGGCGAAAUAUCUGAUUCGGCUUCGGUCGAAGAGAUCAGUGAAGAGGAUUUUAUUAAGCAAGAGACUAGUAAGGUUUCUGGGAAUUCUGAAAGUGCCGAGAAGCCUAGGGUUUGGACGAUGCGAGAUCUGUAUAAGUAUCAGGUUUCGAGGAAUUAUGCAUCUGGCCUUUACAAUUUUGCCUGGGCACAGGCGGUACAAAAUAAACCCCUCGAUGAGGUUUUGGUGAUGGAUUACAAAACCAGUGAAGACAACAACAACUCCAACUCCAACUCCAACUUGAAGCGAUCGUCUUCUUCGUCGUCGUCAAUCAGUGGCAAAGAAGACAAUAAUAAGUCCAAUAAUGGUGGUUUAAAUUCGGUGGUGGUGUCCAAGGAAGUGAACGAUAAAGUAAUAAUUGAUGUGAGUGGUGAUGAGGAUGAGGAUGUUAAGAUGGAGGAUGUUAAGAUGGAGGAUAUUGCUGGAGGUGAGAAGGAGGAAGGGGAAUUGGAGGAAGGUGAGAUUGAUUUGGACUCAGAGCUUGUUCAGGUUCAGGGGAUUGAAGAUGUGGGUUUGAUGGUGGUGGAUGACGUGGAUGCAAAUAAAUUGAAUUCUGUUGUGGAAGAGAAUGAGUUGGGGAGGAGGGUUAACUCCAUUCGCGAAGCACUUGAGACUGUAACAAUGGGCGAUGCGGAUAAGUCAUUUGGUUUGGUUUGUUCCCAAUUACAAUGCUCAUUAGACAGCUUGUGGGAAGUGGGUUCGGAAAAUUCUAUUUCUGUGACAGAUGAUCUUGUUCAACUUUCAUUUACUGCAUUACAGACUCUGAAUUCUGUGUUCAGCUCCAUGAACCAAAAUCAAAAGGAACAAAAUAAGGAAAUUAUAUCAAGGUUGUUAUCUCAUGUCACAAGCCAAACUCCUCCUAUGUUUUCUCCUGAGCAGAUGAAAGAGAUAGAGUUCAUGAUCCCAUCUUUGGAUUCUCUUGCUGCUUUGCCAUCUUUGAAAGGCAACAAUAAGGAAAACAAGAUACAGUUAACUGAAAGGGUGAAUCAGAAAGACUCUGAUGCUUCAUCUGAUAAUACUACUCAUGAUUCGACUGAUUCAAUGAAGAGAGUGUUAGAAUCCAUGUCUCUUGAAUCUCUGCAUCACAAUGACGCCAAUACAUUGAUGGAACCGUUGAAAUUAGGACCAAGUAGUUCUAAAGUUAGAGGGAUGUUACUUCCCCUGCUUGACCUUCACAAAGAUCAUGAUGCAGACAGUCUUCCAUCCCCAACACGGGCAACCCCAUCGCUCUUGUCAGUAAGCAACACACUGGCUGUUGGAGGUGGACCUGUUAAACCAGAGUGGCCUGUACCUCGGGCAGCUCGUGAAACGGAAGAUGUUGUAAUGCAUCCUUAUGAAACCGAUGCCCUCAAAGCUGUUUCUACAUAUCAAAAUUUGUCGCAGUUCUUUCCCUAUGAAUGAACUUCAAGCCCAACCCUUCUUGAAGAAUGUGAUGGUGGAGAUGGUGAUACUGGUGGGGAGGUUUCUAGUUCCCCCAUUGUAGGCAGUUUCAAAACUGUAAAUGCACCAAUUUUGGCACAACCAAUUGUUUAUCCUGCACCACAUGUGGACAUUUCCAAUGGGCAAGGACCGAUCAAUAUUAGGAAUGUUGGGCCUGUGAAUGUGGGGCCUAAUACUGCAUUAAAAUCUUCAGUGAAGAGUAGAGAUCCUAGACUUCGGGUUGCCAGUCCUGAUGUAGGUGCUUUGGAUCUCAAUCAACGUCCAUUGCCUUUGAUUAAGAAUGAACCUAAAGUGGAUGCUGUUGGGGAAAUAGCAAGCUCAAGAAAGCAAAAGCCUGUUGAGGAGCCUAGUUUGGAUGGCCCUGCACUGAAAAGGCCAAGGAAUGGGAUGACUGAUUCUGAGGUCAUCAGGGAUGUGCAAACUGUGUCUGGAAGUGGUGGCUGGUUAGAGGAUAGAGGCACCAUUGGACCCCAGUUCAGUAGCAGCAAAAGCCAGGUGGUGGAGAAUACAGGAGGUGAUCCAUUGAAAUUCGAAAAUGCAGUAACUUGCUCUGGUACAGGCAUUGUUAUGCCAAACGUAACAAUUAAUGGAAAAGAGCACUUGUCAGGGACACCUACUGGCACUACAUCUUCCUUGCAAUCUUUUUUGAAAGAUAUUGCAGUGAAUCCAUCCAUGUGGAUGAAUAUAAUUAAGAUGGAACAACAAAAGUCUGUUGAUUCUGUAAAAAGUUCCACACAUAUGCCAAGUACAAAUUCUAUACUAGGAGCAGUUCCGUCAAUGAAUGUUAAUCUUCCUAAACCCGUGCUUGGCAGAGAUCAGCAGGAAUACUUCAGACUCCUCCUCAGGCUUCAAUGUAUUUGUUUGAAGAUGCUGUCUGACAUAUAUUUCAUUGAAUUUAGAUUAUGUAACUUUCUUUCCUGUUUGCGACAUUCUGUUCUCUGUUCAAUGUUAAUAUUAUGGUCAAAGUUUUUGAUAACGUCCAAUAAUUUACAAAACUUGCAGGAUGAAUCAGGAAAAGUCCGCAUGAAACCACGUGACCCUCGACGAGUUCUACAUAGCAAUAGCUUUCAAAAGGGUGGGAGCUUGGGACCUGAUCAGUCCAAAACAAAUGCUGCUACUAUAGCGACUUCUCAGGAAAUGAAAGGCAACUUGAAUUGUCAGAAGCAAGAAGAUCAAUCAGAUAAAAAGUCCAUGCUUUCUCAAUCUAUUAUGCCACCGGAUAUCACUCGUCAAUUCACGAAGAAUCUGAAAAAUAUUGCUGAUAUUAUGUCUGUUUCUCAAGCAUCUAUUGCUCCACCCGUUAUUCCUCAGAUUCCUUCUUCACAGCCAGUGCAAGUUCACUUGAACAGAGUGGAUGUUAAAGGUGUAGUACCAGAGUCAGGCAACCUGCAAAGUGGGACUGUUUCUUCAACUGAAGAAGUUACUGUAGGCCCCUCUCAGCCACAGAACACUUGGGGAGAUGUUGAGCAUCUGUUUGAUGGAUUUGAUGACCAGCAGAAAGCUGCUAUCCACAGAGAGAGGACUAGGAGGAUUGAAGAACAGAAGAAAAUGUUUGCAGCACGUAAGUUGUGUCUUGUAUUGGAUCUGGAUCAUACACUUCUUAAUUCAGCCAAGUUUGCUGAAGUGGACCCAGUGCAUGAUGAGAUAUUGAGGAAGAAAGAGGAACAGGAUCGUGAAAAGCCAUAUAGGCAUCUCUUUAGGUUUCCACACAUGGGAAUGUGGACUAAAUUGCGGCCUGGGAUUUGGAAUUUUUUGGAGAAGGCUAGUAAGCUUUAUGAACUGCAUCUUUACACAAUGGGGAACAAGCUAUACGCUACUGAGAUGGCAAAAUUGCUUGAUCCGAAAGGGGUCUUGUUUUCUGGACGAGUUAUUUCUAGAGGUGAUGAUAGUGAUCUUUUUGAUGGUGAUGAGAGGGUUCCUAAGAGUAAGGAUUUGGAUGGGGUUUUAGGUUUGGAAUCGGGUGUGGUAAUUAUAGAUGAUUCUGUUAGAGUCUGGCCACAUAACAAACUAAACUUGAUAGUUGUAGAAAGGUAUAUUUAUUUUCCUUGCAGUAGACGACAAUUUGGACUUUUAGGUCCUUCUCUCCUUGAGAUUGAUCAUGAUGAGAGGCCAGAAGAAGGAACUUUAGCAUCCUCGUUGUCGGUGAUUGAGAGAAUACAUCAAAACUUCUUUUCACAUCGAUCCUUAGAUGAAGUUGAUGUUAGAAACAUCCUAGCCUCCGAGCAACAGAAGAUUCUUGGUGGUUGCCGCAUUGUCUUCAGUAGGGUGUUUCCAGUUGGUGAAGCCAAUCCUCACUUACAUCCCUUGUGGCAGACAGCUGAACAGUUUGGGGCUGUGUGCACCAACCAGAUAGAUGAACAGGUCACCCAUGUAGUUGCCAAUUCACUUGGGACUGACAAGGUCAAUUGGGCUCUUUCGACAGGAAGAUUUGUUGUACAUCCUGGCUGGGUGGAAGCAUCUGCUUUGCUUUAUCGGAGAGCAAAUGAGCAUGAUUUUGCCAUUAAACCAUAAACAAAUCACCAUUGAUCCCAACCUGAUAAACUAUGACCUGAUAAGAGGGGAAAAAAAUUUGAAGCAUCCAUUGGAGUUGGGGGAGGGACCAUCACCAGGUCAUGCUAGGGCUUAAAGCGUGAGAAUAACGAUUUCCUAAUUUUUACUUUUCGUUAAUUGCCCUCUAUAACCGCGGCCAUUUCACCAUCAAUUUGCCAAAAUGAAGUCCAUCUGACUGGUUGAUUGAGGCAAAUAUAAAAUUAUACAACCCUAAAACAUUUUCCGGUACUGGAUUAGGCUAUAAAUGACCAUGUGGAGGCUCUGGAGGGUUGGUGACCUGGGUUGAUUUAGGUAUCUUCGGCUUAUGAAAUUGCCUAUCUGAUCAAGUGAAUUUUCAAGUGGUUUCCAACGCUAUGGAGAAGUUUAAAAUGUAUAGUUUUGAUGAAUUUAAAAUGUGGAAUUUUGCAAGUCUCUAAUUA